AUGGCGGAAGCGCCGAGUCCCGUGUACGGCUGCGCCGCCGCCACCGCCGUCGUCGUCCCAGAGAAAGAAGUAUCGGGCAAGCUGCAGCCCUUCUCCAGGGACCCAGCGGGGGCUCUGUCCGCCAAGAAGGUCCGGACGGAAGAGAAGAAGGCGCCGCGGAGAGUGAACGGAGAAGGGGGCAGCGGCGGCGCCCACAGCAGGCAGCCGCAGCAGCCGGCGGCGGCACCUUCUCUUCAGAGCUAUGGCAGCCCGGCUCCUUGGAGCUUCGCCGCCCUGUCUGCCGCGUCCCCGUCGUCUUCCUCUUCUCGAAGCUGUUUCUCCGCCGCCGCCGCCGCAGCCUCCGCUUCCCUGUCUCCGCCGGUGCCGCCGCGCAAAGUGCUGGUCCCUCCUGCGCUGCCGCGCGCUCAGCCUCAGCAGCUCCUGCUGCCGCCCAAGCCGCGCAGAGCCAAGGAGAGGCGGGAGAAGGAGAGGCGGCGGCACGGCCUCGGCGGGGCCGCCCGGGAGGAGAACGGCGAGGUGAAGCCGCAGCCUCCGCCGCCUCCGCCGCGAGAUAAAAUCAAAGUUAAAGAACGAGACAAAGAGAAAGAGAGAGAGAAAAAGAAGCACAAAGUAAUGAGUGAGAGCAAGAAGGAGAAUGGAGAAGUGAAGAUUUUGCUCAAAAGUGGGAAGGAGACAGCAAAAGCAAGUGUGGAAGACUUACAAAUGAAAAAGGUUAAGAAGAAAAAGAAAAAGAAACACAAAGAGAAUGAAAAACGGAAACGGCCGAAAAUGUACAGCAAGUCUAUCCAGACCGUCUGCUCAGGAUUACUGUCUGAUACGGAAGAUCAGGAAACCAAAGGCAACCUAAGCGAAAACAUGCAAGACGAUGCUGCCAAGCCCUGGGAUGCCAAGGACUCUGAGCCCAGAAGGCCAGAGAACAGUGAGUCUCCAUUUGUGGCAUUAAAGGAGCCACGAGUGCAGAAUAACCUCAAAAGACUGGACACUUUGGAGUUCAAGCGGCUCAUCCACAUUGAGCACCAGCCCAACGGGGGUGCCUCGGUGGUCCACGCCUACAGUAACGAACUCUCCCACCUGUCUCCCGUGGAGAUGGAGAGGUUUGCGGAGGAAUUUGUGGGUCUGGUGUUCAGUGAGAAUGAGAACGCUUCUGCUUUCUAUGUAAUGGGUAUUGUUCAUGGGGCAGCUACUUAUUUACCUGACUUUUUAGACUACUUCUCGUUUAAUUUUCCCAAUUCGCCAGUGAAAAUGGAGAUAUUGGGAAAGAAAGAUAUAGAGACAACGACUAUGUCCAAUUUUCAUGCUCAGGUGAAAAGAACAUAUUCUCAUGGUACUUACAGAGCUGGCCCGAUGCGACAGAUAAGCUUGGUGGGAGCAGUUGAUGAAGAAGUGGGGGACUACUUCCCAGAGUUCCUGGACAUGCUAGAAGAGUCACCGUUUUUAAAAUGUACACUGCCAUGGGGGACACUGUCUAGCCUGAAAGUAGAGAGUCGGACAGAUAGUGAUGAUGGGCCCAUCAUGUGGGUACGCCCCGGAGAGCAGAUGAUCCCCGUGGCUGACAUGCCAAAGUCACCUUUCAAAAGGAAAAGAACUACCAAUGAGAUCAAAAACCUUCAGUACCUACCUCGAACCAGUGAGCCUCGCGAGAUGCUCUUUGAAGACAGGACAAGAGCACACGCGGACCACAUCGGGCAAGGCUUCGAACGACAGACGACAGCUGCCGUCGGGGUGCUGAAGGCUGUGCACUGUGGACAGUGGCCUGAUCAACCCCGAAUAACCAAAGAUGUAAUUUGCUUCCAUGCUGAGGACUUCUUAGAAGUGGUUCAGCGGAUGCAGUUGGAUUUGCACGAACCUCCUCUGUCUCAGUGUGUCCAGUGGGUUGAUGACGCAAAACUUAAUCAACUGAGGAGGGAAGGCAUUCGAUACGCUAGGAUUCAGCUGUUUGAUAAUGACAUUUAUUUCAUUCCAAGGAAUGUUGUGCAUCAGUUCAAGACUGUUUCAGCUGUCUGCAGUUUAGCCUGGCACGUUCGGCUCAAAUUAUACCACUCAGAGGAGGGGCACUCCUCUGGGGACACAGCCUCGCAGGACCCCGGCGCGGCCCCAGAUCCUGCGUCAUCAGCUCUUGGGCCUGCCAGUGCCAACACGGCUCGUGCUGGAAACAAAACCUCCUUGGAUUCUGUGUUUUCACACAGAUCUCAUUCUAAAUAUGAAUUACAACAGAUUAAACAGGAACCCGUUGGAGCUGUAAGAAGCAAGGAAGAACCUGUGACCGUUCAUGUUUCCGAAAAGACUAGAGCACCGAAUAAUAUGGACGGCCAGAGCAUGAAAGGAAAGUUAGAUCAUGUCCAAUUUACAGAACUUCAACUUGGUGUGGAUUCUAAAUUCGCAAGCAGCAACAAAGAAUUAAAGGAAGAGUUGUGCCCUGGUAGGCUCACCAGUGGAACUGACCCAAAGCCACCUCACUCAGCACAUUCAAAUCAGGAUGGAAAAGAUGGGGACAUUUUGUGCUAAAUGUGUGUAUACAAUAUUCUGGUUUUUUUUUUUUUUCUUAAUUAAUGUAAUAAAGAUUGAUGAAUUCUGAAAGCAAGCCAACCACUUGCUCCCACAUGGGGUUACAAAAUAGAGUUUAUGUAGCUUUGAAACAUUCCUCAGUGCCUGCCCACAACUGUGAAGGAGAAAGCACUUAAGGCCAGUUGCACUGUAAACAUUGCAGGUUGAAACAUAAAGAAAUUUAAAAAAAAUUAUUUGAGUUGGAGUUCCAAGUUUUAGAUUAACAUACAUAUUUUGUAAUAUGAGCCAGACUUUCUUUUUUUUUUUUUUUUGACAACUUCAGGCUUUCCAUAGAGCUUAUUUAUAUAAUUUUUUUUCAUUUUGAAUGUGUUAGCACUGUAGUAUAAAUAGCUUUAAAAACUUUUUUAGCGUGAUUUAUAUUGAUAUGCGAGCCAUUUAAUAAAGGUUUAUAAUAAAUAUGUUUUCUGUUGGGUCUGCAAAGACAAAUUGACAGUUCAGUUAAAUCAUUUAUUUGCUAUAUUACAUUUCUCUCUGCUAAUAUAUCCAUUUAAGUGGCAGCGGAGUGUAAAUGUACGUAUCCGAAUCUAGUAAAUAUUUAAAUUUUCACACUGUGCAAACAUUUUAAAAGAACCAAGGUUCACUCAUUACAGCAUCUGUAUGUUUGUGUGUAUGUAUGGCAAUGUAUAUAUGUAUAUCAUUAACUUCUUAGGUUGCUGAUAAAAUGAGUAUGUGACACUCCUUAGGCCUGUCCCCUGGAAUACAUUUUAAAAUAUUUAUAUGCACCAUUAAGAAAGGUAUUGCGAUAAUAGAAAUGGUUUCAGAAAUACGGGAGAAACAAGGAGUGUUAAUGAAACCCAGCCCUUCUAAUAAUGUGGCCAGAUUUUCUCUGUUGUAUGUACAUUUUCUUUAUUGUGUAUGGAAUGAUGGGUUUAGAAAAUGUUCUUACUAAUGAACAUCUGUGCUAUACUUCAUAGUAGCUAAGAUAAUCUUUAGCUACUGAAUGUUUAAUUAUAAUCAGUUGCAAUCUUCUUUUACGUUUUUUCUUCCAGAAUACGGGGUCGGGGGGAGGGAAAAAUUGGCAGCCACACAAUCAUAAAGUAAGGGCACUGACAAGACUCAAAACUGCUCCCUACACAGAUGCGACUAACAGCGUACUGUGUUACCUCAUUGUUCUCAGGAUCCCUUGCCCGCCUUAGCAAGGCAACAACUUGUAACACUUGCCUUUGAAAAGCAGCUCUGAAGUACACCGUGAUAGGAAGUAAGAUGGUCCCUGUCUGAAACAGAUCUCUGUAAUGAUGGACUUCUGCACUACCGUGAACUGUAAUUCAACCCAGACCAAGAGUCUCUGAUGUGUGCAUUGAUAAAAGGAGCUCUGAUCAUUGCAAGCAUGUUUUGCUUUGUUUUUUGUUUGUUUGUUUGGUUUUGGAUCUAUUCUGGGCCCAUGCUUUGGUAGAUGACUUCCAGUGGGGACUCUGUGUUUCUUCUUAGGCUACUAUUGCUGUGUCGUGUCUGUCCUGGCCUCGCGUGUGCCCAUCAAAACUGCUCAUUGUCUCCAGUUUGCCAGAGCAGAAAUUAGCUGCGUUUCUGGCUCCCAGUUUGCUAAGAAGGUAGGCAGAUGUCUUAGGAAAUCUUGAUGGUUUCUAGGAAAUUAAUAGGUUUGCAACAUAGGAAAUGUCAUGGGAUAAGGAGGGCACAAAUGAUCUAACGGUGUAAAUAGGGGGUCUUGUUUUACAUGUUAUUUGUCUUACCAUGUUUUCCUACGAAUUUCAUCUUCUGUUAACUUUGUGGAUUUGCGCCUAAGUUGUUGGAAGGUGGAAGUUCUCCAUACACCAGUUUUGAGAAAUGGGAAGAGAAGCUAAA